AUGGCAGCCGAAGGUUCACAGCACAUUCCGAAAAAGCGGAGGUUGAGCAAUGCAGCCGAGGACGUACACUUCACCAAGAAGAAUGCUCCAGCAAACUCCGGUAUCGCCGGCAGGAGCAAAGUUGAAAGGCUCCUCGAAUGGGCGAAAAGCCAUGGCGCAAGUUUCCCAAAGCUGAAUUUCCAGGACGGACCGCAGACCGAUGAUCCUCUGUGCGCCAGCCGAGGUGUCUAUGCAUCCGACACCAUAACCACAAAAGAAGUCAUAACCUCCAUCCCAUAUUCCCUGGUCCUCUCCGAAACUGUCGCCCGCUCGUCUCCCUUCGGCGCGAAACUGCACAGCUACCUACAGCAGCAUGCGUCGGAUAUCACGCACAACGGGAAGGAUCCGUAUGCACCCGGUCUGAUCCUGGUGUCAGCGUUCCUGGUGUACGAGAUGUAUGAGAACGCCGGCUCGUUCUGGAAACCGUACCUGGAGGCGUUGCCCGAGGAGUACUCGCUCCCCCUGUCGUGGCCAGAGAGCGAGGUGGCCCAAUUGCUGAAGGGGACGAAUCUUUACCACAUUGUCGAAGAGCGCAGGAAGCUUUUACAGAAAGGGCUGGAGAUGGUCAGGGAAGCGUGUGGGGACAUGUUCAUCAGAAACUCGCUGAUAUGGCCAAACCUCCUCUGGGCAUACUCAGCGGUAUCCAGCCGCGCCUUCCCACGCAGCCGACCAGCCACUGCAGAAGACCGGGAACACGCAGCCGAGGAAGCAGCGGAGAUAUCAUCCGGCGCCAGCGAGCUCUGCCUCUACCCCGUCCUGGACAUGCUGAACCACCGCCGCGGGCACCGCAUCGAAUGGCGGAUCGAGGACGGCCAAUCCGUCUCUUUCAUUGCGUUGGAGGAUGUGGCGGCUGCUGGGGAGGUGUUCAACAAUUAUGGCGCGAAGGGAAAUGAGAAUUUGUUGGGCAACUACGGGUUCGUGCUGGAUCCUAACCCGGAAGACUAUGUCAAAGUCGCGCUCAAUAUCCGCGAUGAAUCGGAUCCGUGUGCACAGCGGAAACGGGAACUGCUUGCGGCGGUGCAGCCUAACCGAUUGGUACACCUGCUGUUUGCUGGCGAUGAUGAGACGGCUCUCCCACCGGACCUUGUCGCGGUGACGAGACUUCUGGUGAUGAAUGAGCAUGGGAUUGAGCUUGAUCUGCAUGGAGGCGCUGCUUUACGGAGUGCCGUAAACCCGCGGAAUGAGGUGGCUACCUACUCGACGCUGUGGCAGCUGCUUGGUGGCAAGUUGAGGGAAAUCUCAAAACCGUUGCAGACGGGCGGUGUCGAUGCGGAGCGGGUGCGGAUGGUCACUGUUUAUCGCCAGGGUCAAGCCCGAAUCCUCCGCCACAACAUGACCCUCGCCACCCAAGCCCUCUGCUCCUUCCUCCAACUCAAAGCCGGACCCACCUCCCCAAUCUCCUCCAUCCUCCUCACCCUGGACUCAUCCCAUCUCCCCCACUGUUUCCGAUCGCUGAUGAGCACACUAACCGCACAAGAUGAGGACGAGCUGUUUGAUGAGGAUACGUUGUUGUGCCUCGCGGUGGCGCAUGAGAUGCAAGUGGGGGAUAAGUCGGCUUGGAGGGGUGUGCCGGCAACGACGAGACAUAGCGAGGAGUUGAUUUCUGCACAGGCGGCGGAACUCUACGCCCACUUCCAAAGUAAUCUGUCAUCAGUUUUGCACGACACCGGACCGUGUGCAUGCGGUGCUGAGUUCACAAACGAGCUGUUCGCGGUCGCUGCGAACCUGUUGGAGACGCAUGGGGUUGACAUCCCGCCUGGAAUGUGCGAGGAUGUGCAGGGGUACGGCGUGCUUAUGAUAGAGUAG